AUGAGCACCCCUUCAGCACCGGACAGGGAGCACACCGAGUCAGGCUCUCAAGCCGCUCAAGAAAAGUCUCCUACUACAGAAAAGGGGCCAAAAAAUAUAGAUAUAGGAAAUAUGAUGUUGCUGUUACAGUGGCUGAUUAUAAACUACCCGAAACAGUUCGAAGAGAAACUACAAUAUAUGAAGACUGGCGAGUUGCGCAAAUGGCUGCUGGAAAACAAUCUGGAACGGUUCAAUAAGCUACUCCCGAGUUGGGCUAUGGAGGAGACAGCUGAUGCUAACGCCAACAAUCCCGCCUCCCGUACCCCCGCUCAGAUAAGCGCUAUCCUCCCUGCCCUGCGGAAAGAUUGGAACAAUUCCUAUUUUCCGCACUCCUUAAUGGCGUUACGAGACCUCAUUCGGCAAUAUCAGCUACUCGAUGUGAGCCAGUAUUACGCGAAAUCCUUGGUAUUCGUCCAGAGCAGCGGCAUGGGUAAAUCAAGAUUAGCGGAUACUUUCGGUCAAUCCUGUCCGAUGAUCAACUUCAUUCUUCGUGAGUCUGGAGAUUCUGGCUUCCCACCUCCUGAUGGAGAGAUACUGUCAUUUCUACGCGACAAGCCCCCAGCCAACGUCCUCUGGCCUACCAGCUGGCAGGGGACAUCUAGUGAUUUUCUGGAGAGGAGAGUAGCCGUAGCGUGGAAUUACACUCUCGCUACAGCAUUGCUUCAAGCCAGUUUCGAGAUAUUCCAUAUCUGGGUAAAGAACCAGCCCUUUACCACGAUGACUCUAAAAGAGCUUGCAAGCGGCAGACAUGCAGAGAUGGCCACACUUGAACCAACUGUCGAUGCUCAAGAUGCUGGGAGCCAACGGUCCAAGAUGCGUAUCGAGUUUUGCGAUUCGGUAGCCAAGAGAGCUCGGGUGAUCGCUCAAGAGUUAAUUUCCAGCCCGGAUUGGAUAGGGAAGUUCGAUGAUGAUAGACCGUACAAGGUUCACCGUCAACUCGAAAUGGCGCAUAGUGAACAUCGCCCUAAUCCCUUGAACAGCCUUCUCAAUGCUGCUGAAAACCUAAUGAAAAUUCUUCAACAAUGUCGAGGCACCAGCAACACGAAUCCACUUUUGGUGAUCGUAUUCGACGAGGCGUCAAGUUUCAUGAGAAAGUAUCGUUCUGACGAAUCGCACACCGGACUCUAUAUGGCGCUCGAUCGAGUCAUUAGUUAUCUGAAGAAGUUUCCUGCGUGGUUUUUCUUCCUCUCAACAGAAUCUCUCAUCGGACACCUAGUACCGUCGAGCAAUACCAUCCGAACUAGCAACUCCGUUCGGGACUCCUCCGCUCGUAUCGACUCCACACAGACCCACACUGAACUGAUGCGCUUUCCCCCAUUUGUAAGUCUCCGGCUCGACGUCGAGGACAGACGAAGAAUGCAGAAUCCAAUACUGAGGAAAGCGGAACUACUUAAGCCGUUAAAGGCAUUUGCGACCCUAGAGCAUAUGGCCUUAUUCGGCAGGCCUCUCUGGUACGCAUAUGCACGUACGAACGAAGACGUGGUCGAAGUGGCCAAAUUGAAGCUCAUUAGCGGCAAGCAGCGGGGACAUUACAUUCCCAUCGAUCCGAACCACGUAUUUGCUGCACUGUCCUUCCGUCUCUCUUUAGAUGUCUGCUCGCAGAACCCCUCUACCGUCUCCCUCACCGAGAGAGCUGUGAAGUCUUUCAUGAGAGUGGUCAUAUCUAUGGACCACGAGACUGGAGUGAUGGAAACAACGACGCCAUCAGAGCCCAUCUUAGCUAGAGCAGCAAUGGAGUAUCUCUGCAGCGACCUUAACUGGUCGGAUAGUAUUCAAACACUUUGUUGGGGGCUCCUCGAGAAAGGUCUAAUAGAAAAGGGGCGCAAAGGAGCACUCUAUGCCCGAUUAGUGCUGAUCCUAGCUCACGACUGGGUUCGAUGGGCUCACGGUCUUCGAUUAAAUCGUGUCCCGAAAUUUGCGUCAACCUUUACGGUGUCCGACUUUCUCAUGGCAUUGUAUGCUGGAGAAUAUCACGAUUCAAUUCGAAAGAUACCGGAGCGGAUAUGUGAAGCCAGAAUGAACUUCACUCAUUUUGUACCAGCUUAUACACAACUUCCCCCCGAGGUCAUUCCUGAAAUAUGCCACGACCUGUUACGUCGAAGCGGGGCGAUGCAGCUGUCUUGGGACCAGCAAAUAUACGAUCUGUUGAUUCCUGUGUACUAUGGCACAGAGGACGAGAAGUUCGACCCAUCGAAUUGCGGAGUUAUCGUAGUACAGGUGAAGAACCAGAAUGAUGCCACCACACCUCGAGAGAUCUUCGAAGAGGACUUCAUUAAUGUUGGCCCGGAAACGUCGAACCUGGCCCAAUUGGAGACGAGGACUCCUCAGCGCAAGUCGACGAAAUUUCUGUUCAGUCAGAUGGCGAACCCUAUUCUGUUCCUCCUCUUCGAUCUAGGCGUGGUCAAAGGCAGCCAGGCUUACGCUCCUCUUAUUCAAGUGAUGCACAGUGAAAGUGGACUGCAACCUGAUUUGUGGGCGAUUCAUUCGCGAGGACACGGUCACACGGUCUUUGGCUGCUUACAGCACAUGGAUGCUGGAAGCUCGAGCGAGCGGCUUUUUGCUUCAGUACAAACAGGCAACACUCCGGCCGAUCGACUCUCUCUGAGAAAUAGGCCGUUCUAUCAACCUUGGCGAAGCUUUAGAUAUGAGGGAUUUGAGCAAGAGAGGGAAGCGAGUACGGAAGGGAGUGAGAGCGAGCAGGUCUUUGCUUCGGUGCAAAAGAGCGAAGCUCUGGCUGACCGACUCUCUCGAAUAAAUAGAACAUUCUCUCGUCUCGAGGAAGAGUACAGAUAUGAAAGAAUUAAGCGAGAAAUGGAAACGAGUGCGGAAGGGAGCGAGACGAGUGUGCAGAAGCAGGGUGUGAAUAUGACUGAAAAAGAAGGCGAAGUGGUUAAUAUCGAAGCGCGGAAAGGGAAGGCAAGCAAUACUCGAUCGAAGGGAAAGGAAGUGGAAAGGCUCGAGGAUAACCGGUUCGGUAAAAGAGCCUACAACUUUGCCAAAAACCAUUUCCCGUUUCGGAGACGCUCGGAAAAAGAAGGUUGA